UCACACACACACAGUGACACACAGUGUCACCAUUUCCACAACUCCAAAUUUUGACCAAAUAACUUGCCAAAAAUAAUAUAAAAAAAUAAAAACCAAACCAUCAUGCUUUCACUUUCAUUUCAACAAUGUCUCCUCAAAAUCUCAUCACCAAAACAACCAUCUUUCUCUUUAUUAUAAUCCUCCUAACAACAUUCUUAACCCCAUCAUUACAAUCUUGCUUAAACCCUAAUGACAACAAAUCAUUAUCAUCAAAGCUAAUCCUUUCAGACACCACCAUUCUUUACAGCAAAAACAAAACAUUUGCUUUAGGUUUUUUCAACACAAACAACCCAUCCAAAUGGUAUUUAGGCAUCUGGUAUGCUUCUAUUCCAACACCCACUUACAUCUGGGUCGCCAACCGUCAGACUCCGUUAUCUUCCCGUCAAUCUUCCUCCCUUUUCCUCACUAACGGCAAGUUAACGGUAACAGAAUGCGACGUCGUUUGGCAAACCCCAGAUGUUAACUUCACUGGUCAAGCAGAUGUCGAGCUUCUGGAAGAUGGGGAUUUGGUUAUUAAAAAUUUGGAUGAUGAAACGACGUCGUUUGGGAGUGUUUUAUGGCGGAGCUUUGACUACCCAACUGAUACCUUUUUACCGGGGAUGAAUUUAACUGUUGGUCAAACUUUGACUUGUUGGAAAAAUGAUAAUGAUCCCGGAUUGGGUAAGUAUUCUCUGAGGUUGCGUCCACCUGAUUACGGUGAGGUUGAGCUUUUUUAUAUUGAUAAUAAUAAUGUUAAUGUCAGUUAUUGGAGUAGUGGAAAUUGGACUGGAAAUAUAUUUUCAGGUGUUCCAGAAAUGACUUUGCCAUAUAUAUAUAAAUUCUAUUUUACUAAUCCCUUUAGUGAAAUGGCUACAUUUGGUUUUUAUGAAGUAUGGACCCAGAAACAGAAACCAUUGACCCGUUUUAGUAUCGGUUCAACGGGUCAGAUUAAACAGUAUACUUGGUCGGUUCAGUCCGAGUUUUGGAACAUGUUUUGGUCCCAACCGGAGAACCCUUGUCGGGUUUAUGGUUUAUGUGGGAAUUUAGGUUUUUGUGAUGGAAAGAAGGUUGUGAGUCCUUGUAAGUGUUUAGACGGGUUUAGAUGGUUCGAUGAUGGGGAUUUUACUGGUGGGUGUGUUAGAGAUGGGGGUAAGGAGUGUGGGGAGGGAGACGAGUUUGAGGAGAUUGGGGAAGUGACGUUUGAUAAAGAACGGGUUGAUGGGUUUUCGGGGAAUAGGAAGGAGUGUGAGAGCAAGUGUUUGAAGGAUUGUGAGUGUGUUGGGUUGUCGUUUAAUGUGAAGACGAAUUAUUGUAAGAAUUAUUUCGGGAAGGUGUUGAAUUUGGGGAAUUCGAGUAGUGGUUUGGGGAUGGUUCAGGAUUUGUUUAGUGUUAGGGUUCGGAGAGGGGUUGGGAGAAAGAAGAUUGGCGUGAGGAUGGUUGUUUUAGUGAGCGUGGCUGGUUUUUUGCUAGCGGUUUUGUUGAUUGGGGGUGCGGUUUUAGUGAUUGCUAGAAAGAGGAAGGUUAGGAGGAAGAAACUAGAGGAGGAAUCGGUGUUUCCUGUAACGAAUCUGAGGGUUUUUACAUACAAAGAGCUUCAUGCUGCUACUAAUGGGUUCUCGGAUCAGCUUGGUCAUGGUGGAUUUGGGGCGGUGUUUAGUGGGAAUGUGGAUUCGGACCUUGUGGCAGUAAAGCGGCUGGAUCGGCCGGGUGGUGGUGAAAAGGAGUUCCGAGCAGAGGUAUGUACAAUUGGUAAUAUUCAACAUGUUAAUCUUGUUAGAUUAAGGGGGUUUUGUUCUGAAGAGUCACACAGGCUUCUUGUGUAUGAUUAUAUGCCGAAUGGACCUUUGAGUUCCUACUUGAAAAUGGGUGGCCGGAAUCUUGAUUGGGUUGCUAGAUUCAGGAUUGCUAUUGGCACUGCAAGAGGGAUUGCUUAUUUACACGAAGAAUGUAGGAAUUGUAUCAUACAUUGUGAUAUUAAGCCGGAAAAUAUUUUACUUGAUCAAGAUUUUUCAGCCAAGGUGUCAGAUUUUGGUUUGGCGAAAUUGAUAGGUCGAGAUUUUAGCCGGGUUUUGGCUACGAUGAGAGGAACGUGGGGUUAUGUGGCGCCAGAGUGGAUAUCUGGGGUGGCUAUAACCACAAAAGCCGACGUGUAUAGCUAUGGGAUGACAUUAUUGGAGCUAUUAGGGGGUCGACGGAAUGUUGAAGGUCCACCUGAUGGUGGCAACGGAGGUGAGAGUAACGAGAAGUGGUUUUUCCCACCAUGGGCGGCUAAGAAGAUAACAGAAGGCGAGGUGGCAUCGGUUGUGGAUGAGAGGCUUGGCGGUGCGUAUGAUAUGGAGGAAGCAGUGAGGGUUGGAUUAGUGGCAGUGUGGUGUAUACAAGAUGAAGAAGUGACAAGACCAACAAUGGGGAUGGUUGUUAAGAUGUUGGAAGGGGUGGUGGCGGUUGAGGUCCCUCCGCCACCAAAGUUGCUUCAAGCGUUAGUUUCUGGUGAGUCUUUCCAUGGCGUUGGUGGCAAUAGCCGAAAUGAUACAUUUUCACACGUCUCUGUUGAUUCAAAGGAUUCACGGUUUGCUGUCUAAGGUCGUGUUACUUUUUUAGCGAAAUAUGCAUCUGUUAAUAUAUUGUUUAUGGUAUCUCGUUACAAACAAGUGUACACAUUCUAAAACGAUAUGUCAUAAACCAUAUUUCUUCUCUAGUUCGUUAGUUGUUUUGCUUUGACAAUCAAAUGUCAUAAUUCAUAAACCAUAUUUUCUCUCUA